CAAACAAACAAAGGUUCAGUUAGUGCUGUAGGUGUAACUGAGUCAUGGCGAUCUUUAACCACUUGUUGCUCGUUUGCUGUUUGGUGCCGCUGGUACUGAGCUACCCUUUCUACCCACCGACGUGCUACACCAAGGUGCUGUACAUGGCACGAGAGCUCACCCAGUGGGCUGCAGCUUUGAAGAGGGACCCUGAAACUAGUUACUGCAUGGCUCACAUGCCAGAUCUCUACCUUGAUGUCCAUAAUGCUUGUGUGAUGCACAAAAUGAGGACUUACAUCUCCCUGGUGGAAGGCCUGCGAGAUCGCCGCUGCGCUUACACCAGAGAUGUGAGGAAGCUGGGUCUCACUCUGAGGCAGCUCUUCAUCAUCAUGUCGGAGAAAUGCCACGGGGACUUGGUGUUCACUAUCUCUGACUGUGCUGCGCUGGAGCGCUAACAUGCUGGAUCCUGAGAUGACAGUGUUACUGUCUGACGGCAGUGCACUCCUUCUCUGUACGUUCUUUAUGUUCAGUGACUGAAAGACACAAGACUGAUGUUUAGUUUAAAUCUAUGGAAACUAUGGUUUGUGUCACUAAAACAUACUUUAAUCAUCUGUUUUCUGACUAUAAUGUUUGGGUUUGUUUUGUUUUUUUUACCACUAAUUAUCACAUCUUUCUUAUGCAAUCUAACUAAGAAAUAUUUCAUAUAAUAAAUGUUAUCAAAAUGU